AUUGCUGGUAACCAGAGGAAUCCCACUGGAGCCUGUGAGAAAUUGCAUUUGGAAAGUAAUGGCUGCUUUCGUUUUUCUUUUGUUUUGGGUGCAGCAUCCGUUUUUAGGAAAACCCAAGAGUCUUGUCAAAAUUGCUCCUCUGACUGAUGCAGCCAGGAGAUCCACAACAGUGGCACCAGAACCUCGGCUGGCUCCCUCUGUUUCUGGACAAGAGGGGAAAGGAGGGGAAGUGGACAGUAAACCUGUGGCUGUUGUUGGAGCAGCAGAGCCUGAAGAAAUUAAAUCAGGCACAAACCUGACACCAGAACCUCUGCUGGCUCCCUCACUUUCUGGACAAGAGGGUAAAGAAGAGGAAGUGGACAAUGAACCUGUGGGUGUUGUUGGAGCAGCAGAGCCUGAAGAAAUUAAAUCAGGCACAAAUCUGACACCAGAACCUCUGCUGGCUCCCUCUCUUUCUGGACAAGACGGGAAAGAAGAGGAAGUGGACAAUGAACCUGCGGGUGUUGUUGGAGCAGCAGAGCCUGAAGAAAUUAAAUCAGGCACAACACCCGAACCAGAACCUCUGCUGGCUCCCUCUGACUCUGGACAGGAGGUUGAAGAGAAAGAAGUGGAGAAGGAACCUGUGGCUGUUGGAAAAGUAAUGCCUGAAAGAAUAAAAUCAGUAAGUAACAGCUUUGGUUGGCACUGCCUUUGCUGUCAAUCAGAGCUGCAAGUUCCUGAGCAGACAAUGCUUGCCAUUCAUGGCUGAAGAGUGUGAGAGCUGUAGCUCUGC